UCUAGCCACAGCCGCAUGCAUGGCUAAUAAAUUAGAAUCUAGAGAGAGAAAGGCAUAAAGUAAAGAAACCCUACUUUGGUGGCCAUCUUCUUUCUCUCAUUUCCCAGCAAAUGUGAUUCUCCACCAUAUCUAACCUUUUACAAUGGUUUUCCCUUUGGAUCCUCCUCCCAACUGGCCAUCCUUCUCCAAUCCAGAACAAAAUAACACUGCUUCGGAUUCCGAUCAGGUUUUGCUACCUCUGCCACCUUCUGGUGGUGGAGGUGGCGGUGGCGGUGGCGGUGGUGGGUUGAUCAGACCGGUUUCGAUGACCGAUCGUGCUCGGUUGGCGAAGAUACCUCAACCGGAGCCUGGAUUAAAAUGCCCUAGAUGUGAAUCUCCCAAUACUAAAUUCUGUUACUUUAAUAACUAUAAUCUUUCUCAGCCGCGCCACUUUUGCAAGACGUGUCGGCGUUACUGGACGCGUGGUGGUGCGCUGAGGAAUGUUCCCGUUGGUGGUGGCUGCCGGAGGAACAAGAGGGCUAAACCCCCGAAUCGGUCCAAGUCUCCGAUGGCGAGCGAGCGACCGAGCUCCGCUAAUUCAACGCCUGCAGUUUCACUUUCACCUCAACCCCAUUUGCCCUUUUUGUCAUCUUUACAUAAUUUCUCUAAUUACCUAAACUUGGGUAUAAUUCCGCCGCCACCUCCUCCAACAAGCAGUGGCGCCGCCGCCGGAGGACCGGAUAUUCAUGAAUUUCACGGUGACCAUUGGAGAUUACAACAACCACAGCAAUUCCCUAUCUUGGCUAAUAAUCAACAACCUAAUCUACUUUACACUUUCGACCCACCAGAAGGCGCGACAACUCGAUACAAUCUAAAUGAGUUAUCGAGAUUAGAGAUGGAGAACAACGUCGGAAUGACGAUGGCGGGGACGGUGAAGGUGGAAGAGAGUAAAGCAAUGAACUUGGGGAAGAAUUUCCAAUUCUGGGUCGGUGGCGGCGACACGAAUGCUUGGAGCACCGGCGCCGAUCUUCACAGCUUCACUACGUCCUCCGCCGGACACUUAUCCAGACAGUAAUUUUCCUCAAUCCUUCCGAACUUCUCUCUUUUUGUCAUUAAAAUGUUCAAAGUAGAAAACAAAGAUCUUCACAGCUUCUCUUCGCAGGCUUUUUGAAUUUUGAAUUAUAUAUAUAUAUAUAUAUAU